AUGCCUGUGUACCUGCUCCACGGCUUCCGCUGGCCGCGCCCUCUCAUUCGAAUCCACAUCAUCCUCCAGAACCUCGACGAUGCCGCCGCCGAAUGGCUGGUCGCGCCCAACACCACCCUGGCUAUGCUCAAGAACUUCAAUCAACUCUACCCGGAAGCCAUGCAACAUUUGACGAGACUGCGAUUUGUGGAGCAAUACGAUCCCAACGAUACGUCUGCGGAAGCUGCGAGCCAGCCGUAUGCCUACGUCGCGGAUAUCGUGCACGAGGUGAAGCUAGGGGUAGACGUUGAUGAGGUGAGAGGGCAGGGUGUUGGGAAUGAGCAGUGGGCCGCGAUGAUGGAGCUACGCGAUAAACUCGCGCCGGAAGAGAAGGUGGGGUGGUAUGUUGUUGUAUGUGGUGAUGAAGAGCGAUGGGCGCCGCCUACGAUGAACCUGUUGCGUGAAGGUGGGCAUAAUCACAAUGGCAUUCGAAGGGAGAGUGAGGCGGAUAGUGCGUACUACGGCGGCAAACAGAGUCUUGAUGUGAGUGCCGUUACGAGCUAUCAAGCCUACAGAAGGACGGUUCAAGAAGCUGUUUGGGAAUGCUCGCCUAGGCCGGCGCAAGAGUCCACAAGAGACAUGGCAAACGGUAACGGAGUUGCUAGUAAUAAUACCAGCGGAACGCCCGCCUCUCUAACGCCUGAGCUUUCGACCACACCACCAACACGGGCGGGACCACAGAGUGUGAACGGAUCCGUGUCGCCAGUCAGAGAGCAGUCUUCUACACCGAAUACCGAAAUAUCGAUAUCGCCUGUCCGUCGUGAUUCCAACGCAAACACAAACUCUCGAGGCGUUAGUCCUGUGGAAGUUCGUCGAGCACUUGGACCAUUGGAUCGUGUCAGGAAUCAGAGUCCGGCUGCACGCAGUGUCAAUGGCAACGGUAUCGUCAAUGGCCAUGUGAAACCACAACUACCACAGAAUCCCAACACCAACGGGACACCCAACGGACAAACACCUACAAAGUCGCGACCUCAAUCGACUGUGGGCUCCCCACAACCUCUCUCCCAGGCUCAGCGCUUCGCAAAACGACUCUCCCUCCAAACCAGACCCACGCCCUCACCACCUCCAUCCGCACCUCCCCCAGCCAAGAAACCCGACUCCGACUACGAAGAAGUCAUAACCAUCAGCCCCGCAACCACCGCCCCAGUCCAAAGCUACCGCCGUUCCCGCGCCUCCCUCGUCCUCAUCCCCUCCCAAAACGGCAACUCCUCACACACCCUCGACGCCCUCUCCGUAGCCGAAGGCGUGAACCCUGCCGUCUACAAACCCACCAACGGCGACGGCCACCACGACCCAAACAAGUACCGCGCCGAAUCAAAUGGCAUUAUGCCGCCGGUGUUUGGCCAGAAUCUGAGCCAGUUUGAUUUGAUCGCGAAUAACAUUGAGAAUGCUUUUGUUGCGAUGCGGUGA